AAUUCCUUCAUGUAUGAUUUCAUGAUAAAUUAGGCUUCCAGUCUUAAAUACAAGCGACCUCCUUUCAUACUGUUGUUCGACAUACCUGUACGGGACUUGAUCCAUACCUUUAAUUUAUGGGAUCCAAAGCCCAAACCCAAUAUCAUGGUUGAACACUUUGAGGUUCCAACGAAGAAGGUCCGGAUAGAACCUGUAAAAAAUGCCGCAUCGGAGAAUAGGUAAGAAAAUCCACUGAUUUCGAAAAGCCCCUUCAUCCCUUCACCCCUUCAACAUCAACCUCCACCCAACAUCCAAACUUUCAACCCUUCUUACUAUCAUGUACAUUGCUAUCAUGACUGAUGGUUAAGUGACUAAUGAUUAACCUGGAACAGAAAAUUACGAAAUCGUCUCUCACAAAAAGCAUUUCGAGCUCGACAAUCAUUAUACAUCAAAGAUCUUGAGAAAAAGCUUGAAUGGGCUUCAAAGCCCGAAUCAGAUCAGAAUGCCAAGCUGGAAGAAACAAACAAGACGCUGCGUAGCCAAUUACUCGAUUGUCAUAAGAAGCUGGAGAGUUUUCAAGUGACACUAAAAGCCCUCGCAGACUCUGUCGCAUAUGCUUUAGGAAUCGAGGUAGGUUCAUCUCGGAGGGUCGACUAUGCUUCCCAACCUAAACACCACAUUCGAUUCAAGAACCUAGAUUAAAAUCGCGGGACUAAUUAACAUUUAAACUUUCAGCAGAAACCUACUUCAGAACUUGAGCCUACAUUACAUGGUCAUGAUGAUAGUGAUGAUGCCGAGCCCGAGGUACCACCCACGCAAAGUAAUGUGCAAAGUGAAUGGACUCCUGGGAACCAAACAUCAUUGAACUCUACCUUUUAUGAUUUUUCCGAUAUACCUUCCACAAAUACUUCUCUACACACACAACCUCUCGUUCUUUCUCCGAAACAUCAAUCAUCACAACUGAACAUUCAUGAUCAAAGUCAUGUCGAAAACGAGACUAUCGCCCCAUCCAUUGUCACCCGAUUACCCUCAAAUGACAUUACUCAUUUUUCUACACGUGAAACGUUCAAUCCAAUCAACUUGACGAUUUCAAGCUCAUAUCAACAUAUGAUGGGACCGUCGCAAUAUAAUAGUUACCUUGUGAAUAAUUCCAUGGUUCAACAAGAUCAACCUUUACAGAUCAACCAUACGAACUCACCAAUUUCAGAUCAUAUUAAUGGAUUUGAGAAUGCUUUAAGGCAAAAGUUGAGUAAACUUCCAGCUUUGGUGCGAGGAAAUGAAAGGUGCGCUUUUCUCACUCAUAUAUUGUUUUAUGGAAGAUCCCAAUCUCUAACGACCUGAGCUUAUCAUUAAUAGACUUCUGGACUCAGCAUAUCUCAUGCUAUCUACCCUCAUUUCUGCAUCAUGGCCUUCUAUGGCAGCUUGGUAUUGUGCUACUAAAGCUCACAUACCUCUAAGUAAGGUCAUUACAUAUCAUGUCAAUCCUACAGCUGCUACAUACGCCGAACUUGGUGCAAAUGGUGCUUGGCUACCGACGAAGUUACAAAUGUCUAUUCCUCAUCCACCGAUAAUAGAUUGGGUACCAUUCCCAUCGAUACGAGAUAAACUUAUACUUUGUCACUCGGCCAAUCCUUGUCUUGAUGAAAUUAUUUGCGAAGUUGGAGAUAGUUAUGUAGUGGAAACCGAUGUAUCCAAACUUGUCAUGGGGGUUAGUUCUGCAAAAGGAUAUAUAGGUGUUUUAGAUCUAGUUCGAUCUAUCUCACCAGAAGCAGAAAAUACAGCAAAUGCAUCAUCAGCUUUUUCAAACGAAAAUAACAUACCAUGGGAUGAGCUCUUUCGAUCUAUUCUCGAACUUAGCAAGCGAAUGCGCGAAGGCAAAAUUCUUCACGGUAUUACCAUGGAACCUCUUGCAACCUUACCAGCAUCCAGUGUCGCUGCUCUAUUCGGCUCAAAGCAAUUAGCACUUUCAACAUUCGUAGCGUUGGGAAUGGAUCAAGGAGUGGCACAAUAUAAGUUAGAUCCUGGAUUUUUUGAAAGACAUCCAGAACUUUAUGAUGGUAACGCAGGCAUUAUAAUAGCAAGUGGUGCGCAUGUAAGACCACCCGGACGUUUACCAAUCCAGCAGCCUGGUUUAUUGAAUGAGGGUGUCUUGAGUACCUAUAGGUAUUUAGCUGGAUGGUCAUUAGACGGGGAAAUUUGAUGGUAUUGGGGAUUAGGCGAAAAUGGUUAAAGGAGGAGCUGUUCGUGGUGGGAUAAUUAAUCAUUUAUUCGGGAUGGAUGAGCAUUCAGGAUGAUGGAUGCUCUGAUCAGUUUAUAUAACUUGGAUAUCUGUCUGGAAUUUUACAAGCUCAAGAUGAGAUAUACCGGGCGAAAGGGUAAUAUGGGUCAUGUGAUUUUAACAGAACAGAGAUGGAAUCAUGAGUUAGGUAGGGUAGUUAGUUAUCUUGGGUUUUGUUGGUGUUCAUGGGAAUAGGAAUAGACUUUUUUGGGUGUCUAAGUAAGUAAGUAAGGAAGGGAUUAUUAGACUUUUUUAAUCAAUGAUAUUAUACAUUGAAAUUC